AUGAAUAUUGAUGGCACCUCUGAGAAGGAAGGAGGUUAUGCCAUUCGCCAUAGCCAUCAGCCUGUUUCUGAUUUUGGACGCAACCAAGUUGGAGGAGAAGAUUUGGAUAGGAAGAAUCCACUCGCUACAACAUAUCCUAAACUUUUUCCUUAUGGUGUCGGUGGAAUUGAGGAUACACGUGGCAAAUUCAUCGGUUUUGACGAGCAUGUGCGAUGGGCAUUACAGUAUCACAAUCGUCGAUUUCGAACUCACCAUUCAUUUCCAUUUGUCAUUUUCGGCAUGGAGCAGAAGUGCAAGGCUUUGCAAUCAGCUCGGAUUCAGAUGCGUCGCAAGGACUUCGAGCGCAAUGGAUUUAUCAUCAAUUCUGUCACAGUUUCUGACCUUCAACAAGCAGAGAAAGAGGAGGCAGAACACAGACCGAUAUCUAAUCCUCGGGUUUGUCUUCUUUGGAAACAUGUAUUUGCAGUUCAAUAUCGCGGUUUCAUAUGGGGAACAUGUUUGUGUCUUCGUGGCCCAAGUCUUUGGAUGACAAUCAAUCCAAGUGACACACAUGACCCUGUUGCACAGAUCUUCGCUGGGGAGCAGAUUAAUAUGGAUGAUUUUUCCCCCGUUGCUGGCCCAGAUAGCAAUCGCAGAGCUCAAAACAUUGCCAGGGAUCCUUUCACCACUGCAAAGUACUUCUUCUUCAUUAUCAAGGCAGUGCUUUCAGCACUCUUCCAAAUCGAAGUCAAAGGAAAUCGGAAUGUCAACCCAGGGUCAGGGGUGGGCCUGUGGAUGUGUUGUACCCACCUGUUAGGGCUGGGCCCAUACUAG